UUCUAUGGCAUCAACUCAGACUGGUAAUCAUCCAUGUAUGAAAACUACCAACUCCCAAACAUUCCGGUUCACUGAUUGAGCGUCCACCACAAUACAUAAAUCAAACAUGGCACCGACAACCGUAGCCGCCCCUUCUUCUUGCAUGCUCCUCAAAACACCCUUCUCUUUGAAACGCGGCAGCAAGGCUCUUAGCUUGAACAAUGGCAGACGAUUGUCCAAAAGAUUAUUUUCUUGCAAUGCCAUUUAUAACCCCCAGGUGCGGAUCAAGCGAGAAGGCCAACCCGAAACUCUUAACUACAGAGUCUUCUUCGAAGAUGCUUCGGGCAAGAAGAUUUCUCCUUGGCAUGAUGUUCCAUUGCAUUUGGGAAAUGGUGUUUUUAACUUCAUUGUUGAGAUACCCAAAGAAUCAAGUGCAAAAAUGGAGGUUGCUACUGUUGAGUUAUACACACCCAUUAAGCAGGACACAAAGAAGGGCAAGCUUCGAUAUUACCCCUAUAAUAUAAACUGGAAUUAUGGAUUGCUUCCACAAACAUGGGAAGACCCAUCUUUUGCAAACUCUGAAGUUGAAGGAGCAUUUGGUGAUAAUGACCCUGUUGAUGUUGUUGAGAUUGGUGAUAGCCGGGGGAAGAUUGGUGAAAUUCUGAAGGUUAAGCCUUUGGCUGCUUUAGCCAUGAUUGAUGAAGGGGAACUUGACUGGAAAAUAGUUGCCAUCUCAUUAGAUGAUCCAAGGGCUUCUCUUGUGAAUGAUGUCAAUGAUGUUGAGAAGCAUUUUCCGGGGACACUGACCGCAAUCAGGAAUUGGUUUAGAGAUUACAAGAUCCCUGAUGGAAAACCAGCUAACAAGUUUGGUCUUGGCAACAAGGCAGCAAGCAAGGAAUAUGCUCUUAAGGUCAUUAAAGAGACUAACGAGUCUUGGGCUAAACUUGUCAAAAGAUCGAUUCCCGCCGGAGACCUUUCACUUGUAUAACUACUACUAGUUCUUUCAAUUUCAAACAAUGAACUGAACUUUCUUCCCCUUUUUCAAGCAGGUCUUGGUAAUCAUAUAAUACUGUUACCGAUGCAUUUCUUUCUGCUUAUUAUUUGAAUAAGUUAGACUACCUUUUUUAA